AUGGCACAGGGUUCCUGCAAAUGGAUUAUGGUCUAUCAAGACCACCUCACCAAAUUUUGUAUCCUGCGUCUGGUAUCGUUGAAACAUGCAGCAGAAGUGGCCCAUCAUCUCACUGACAUAUUUAUCUUGUUCGGAGCUCUGUACAUAUUACAGAGUGAUAAUGGGUCAGAGUUCACAGCCGAAGUGAUCAGUGAGGUGAAAAUCAUCUGGCCCAAACUUGUCCUCGUUCAUGGAAAGCCUCGACAUCCACAGAGCCAAGGAUCCGUGGAGAGAGUAAAUGGUGACAUCAAAGACAUGCUGGUUGCAUGGAUCGGAGACAACAACACCACGGAUUGGAGCACUGAAAUCAAGUUUAUCCAGUUCCUGAAAAAUUCCAGCUUGCAUGUAGAUAUUCGCAGAUUACCCUAUGCAGCCAUGUUUGAAUGUGAGGCCAAAGUAGGCCUCACAUGGAGGCAGUGUGAGGAUGAUGUGUUAGCUGUACUCACCACCGGUCAAAAUGGAGAGGAACCAAGUCCUGUUCCCAGUGCUGAAUCAGCCGAAGUUCACUUUGAGAACAUUGCACAGUUUACAACAAACAUGGAAUAG